UCGUAGGAAAAAUCGAUAGUUUUACGGUGAGAAUGAAAAAUCACUUUUGUGAGAAUUUUGAAGAGCUUCUUCAACACAGGUGUUUAAAAUUUACUCAGGAAAUCCAACGACUGAGAGAAGCUGUGUACAAUCUGGAACUUCAGGCAGAAAUCAGAGAAGACGAACACCAAAGUGAAACAGAACAACUUUCACACACAAUAGCUGAACAGAAACACAAAAUAUCAACAUUGAAAAUGUUGAAUAAUCAGAUGAUGGAUACAGAGGAAGAAAGAGUAAAAAAUCAAUCCUUUUUGACACAAGAGAAUAAUGGAUUGAAAGCAGAGAUCACUAGACUGAAGUCAAAGAUAUCAGCACUGACGGAAGACGCUACAAUUUCAAGAAACACACAAGACAGUUCUGCCGAAAAAAUUUUGAACUUGGAGGAGGAAAACAGAAAAUUUAUGGCUCAGAUAGUCCAAAAUGAGCGAAUGAUUGGAGAGAUGUAUGAGCUGACAGAGUCUCUGAGAGACUCAAAUAGGGACUUGAAAGUGCAGCUGGAGUUAAAGCAAGAGGAGCAAGUGCUGCUACAAAAAUGUGCAAAAAGCAUCAAGGACGAGUUUGAUGCUGCUGGAGAAAAUAUAACAACAAACUUUGGAGUUCAAACACAACAGCGACCUAAAACCUUUACAAAAUCGACUCAAACUGAAAAUUUGAGCAAUGACUAUACGCAGCCAAAAUUAUUUUUCCAAAAAUCUACACAAACAGAACAUUCAACAUCAGAAUCUAAACAACAUACAAAGGAAAUAUCGACACAAACGAAACAUUCGACAUCAGAAUCUAAACGACAUACAAAAGAAAUAUCAACACAGACAGAAGCUGUGACUUAUAAACCAAAGCAGCUUCAAACUUCAUCCAAAACAUUACCAGAAACAGAAAUUUUAAAAAGGAAAUGUGGCCAAGUAAAGAAUUCAACGACAACUCAAGCUAAAACUUUCGGAACGGACACAUCAAUGCAGAGUGAAACGUCGACUGCUGACUGUAAGAGUUGGAGGAGUAUGUGUGUGGAAGGGAUUUUAUUUGCAGGGGAUUCUGGUUCAUCAUCCGCUGAGCCUGAGGACCUUGAGUAG